AUGAAACUUUUCUCCGUCCUCAUUUUCGGCAUAGCCUCCCUUUCAGGUAUCGGGGGCUUGCCUGUUGCCGGUUCAACAACAACUUCCUCUGUCAGCUCGUCCCCCCCUCAUGCUCAGGAUGGUCAUAUCGAGCUCAAAGCCAAUGUCACAUUCCCUGGAUGGUUUUCUAAAAAAUCCGAUGCUGAUCAGAACUCCGUCCAGGAAGCUGUCGAAAUCAUCCUCGAUCUAGCAGCCACGAAGCUCUUUGGCAACGAGAAAUCAGUUGCCAUCACGGUAUCAAAGUGGAAAGGUUACCCGAGAAAAAGCACAUCACAGCGUGUGCAGUACUAUCCCUUCACAGUCACGUUCAGUAAAGACGACCAGUCUCUUCCACUCGAAACUGGCACUUAUAAGGGCAGAUUCAAGGCACAUGAUUUUGACCGCGGCUUUGAGAAGUGGAAGUAUUUCGCUGUUUAUGGAAACCUGGUCUCUCCAACCGGAAACUUGGUCGUGGACGUUCAGUCUGGUAAAAUUGCUGUUCAAAAAACAUCUUACAUUGGUGUAGAUCAUGACCCCAAUGGUGAAACCGCUGCUUCGAAGACAUCCAACCGUAAAGGAAACAAUGUUCACUUCAAUCUAAACCCAGUUUCAGGAACGCGUACUGUACAAACUGUACAGAGCUCUGUACAGUAG